AUGAUUGCCGUCACGAUUGACCUCAAACCUUCCAGAAGCACCAUGGAAGCGGAUCCCAAAAGUCCGCAAACCUCCAAAACUCAACAAGAAACGGCCGAAAGUGCUCCCAAAGCUCAGAAAAAGGUACUGUAACUUGUAGGAAGUGUUAUUUGAGGAUUACAAUUUACUGUAGAGUUUGGAAAGCUUUGAUAAUUCUCUGUUACUUAUAGUUUUUACAACUAAUACUAACACUUAUUGAACACAUUGUUAUUGUAGAUUAUUGUGGGAGUAUGUGCGAUGCAAAGAAAAGCGAAUUCGAAGCCGAUGAGGGCCAUCAUGAAGAAGAUCGCCGAGUACUACAAGGACUGGCUCGAGAUCUACGUGUUUCCAGAAGACGUGAUCUUGAAUGAACCGGUCGAAAACUGGCCUCUAUGUGAUUGUCUGAUCAGUUUCCACGCUACAGACUUCCCAUUGAACAAGGCGAUAGAGUAUGAGAGACUCAGGAGACCUUACGUCAUCAAUGAUCUUCAUAGACAGUUCGAUCUGGUAAGUCAAGUGGCUAUGGUAGCUAGACUAUUAUAUAGGUGUUUCGUGACUUAUAACCAAAAGCAAAACUUGAAAUUUGGACAAGUGAUGCAGCAUAGAAAAUUAAAUCAUAGCUAAUACUUGUACACAAUAUUCAGCUGGACCGAAGAAAAGUGUUCCGAACGUUGGCACGGGCAGGUAUAGAACAUCCCCGGCAUUGUGUUUUGGUCAGAAAUGAAGAAGGAAAGGUGGUGGGAGGAGAGCUGAAGGAGUUCAACGAUCAUAUCGAAGUCAAUGGCAUGGUAUUCAACAAGCCGUUUGUGGAGAAGCCCAUCUCGGCCGAAGAUCAUAAUGUCUACAUAUACUUCCCCAGCUCAGUUGGAGGCGGAUCACAACGAUUGUUCCGAAAGGUAUUUACAUUUACAUACUAUGCUUACCAUAACAUGACAUUGUUAUGAUGAAGCAUUGUUUUUUAUCGUAAAAUGAGGUCCUUUUGUCGUAUAGUAGCUUUAACACUAUAGUAACACUUCAAAGGAACUAGGCAAUAUAUAUUAAACCUGAAGUGGUAGUGCCUCUUGGUUUUCAGCAAGAUACGGUAUCCUUAUUGAAAUAUAUCCUUUGAUAUAAGUAGAUACAAUACUAUAAGUAGAUAUAUCGAAGUAAUUCUUAAGAUACGAUGUCUUUCUAUUGCUUUUCCCUACUAACACACUAAAAUAUGGGGCAUACCCUGAGGCGCUUUCCCGUUUGGUGGGGUGAUUAUUCAACUAAAUUCGAGGUUUUUGUCUUAAAGUCUGCUGCUCAGGUCAACGAUCGGAGCUCAUGGUACUCGCCCGUCAGCACCGUACGACCAGAAGGCUCCUACAUCUACGAGGAAUUCAUUCAAGCCGAUGGUACCGAUGUUAAGGUAUACGCGGUAGGACCGUACUAUGCUCAUGCUGAAGCUAGGAAGGCACCUGGACUGGACGGAAAAGUGGAGCGGGAUCAGGAUGGGAAAGAAGUCAGAUAUCCGGUGAUUCUAACCGCCAAAGAAAAGAUGAUUGCGAGGAGGGUGGUAAUCGCGUUUGGGGUAGGUUGAAGGCUUAUUUUUUACCAUAAUCUUUUGGUCGAAAGUAUUGAGACAAUGAAACAUUAAUUAACAUUAAUUCUUUAAAUUUUGUAGCAAACAGUAUGUGGAUUCGACCUGUUGAGAGCCAAUGGAAAGUCGUACGUCUGUGAUGUCAACGGGUUUUCCUUUGUUAAAACAUCUACCAAAUACUACGAAGAUACGGCACGGAUUCUGGGUAAUACGAUACUCAGAAGACUGGCAUCUUCGCUGAGUAUACCUUGGCACAUUCCUUUUCAAGCAGGUACGGUGUGUUCCAAAGGUUUUUAACUUACAUUGGUUGUACUAACAAAACUUUUAAACAUUUUUGGUCCUUAAAGUAAUUUUUAUAGAUAUAAUAUUUAUAUUUUGAAAAUAACUUUUAAUAUUAACCAUGACAUAAACGUCUAUUGCAGACGACCCUCCCCUAGUGUCAACCCCAAGCGGUCGUAUAAUGGAGCUACGUUGCGUCGUAUCUGUAAUCCGACAUGGUGAUCGUACUCCAAAACAGAAGAUGAAGGUGAUCGUGAACGACGAGAGGUUCUUGACGUUGUUCAAGAAGCACGGUGGGGAAAAGAAGAUGGAGAUCAAGAUGAAGAAGCCCGCUCAACUCAUGGAAAUGCUGGAACUGAUACGAGAGAUACUACAAGAACAACAAGAGUUACGGUCGAAUUCGUUGAGCAGGAUGACAGAUUUAAGGGAAGAUGACGCUGAGUUCAAGGAGGUAGAAGUGAUCCUGGAGAAGGCUGAGGAGAACGUCAAGACUUGGGAACAAAUGAGGACUGUUUUGGAAAUGUAAGUUGUCAUAAAGUACUAUAAUAUUCAAAAAUGUCAAGGAUACGGUUCUUCACUGUAUUAUACUUUACCUCUAUUGUACACUUGUAGGUAUGGCCAUUUCUCCGGAAUCAACCGCAAGAUCCAGAUGAAGUAUCUAAAUCCAAAAGACUUUAAAAACAGUUCAGAAUCAGAAGAAGCUGCGUCCCCUGACAUCAUGUUGAUAGUCAAAUGGGGCGGUGAAUUAACUACAGCUGGUGUUCUACAAGCCGAAGCCUUAGGGAAGCUGUUUCGAACCUUAUACCCAGGAAUCAGAAGAACAGACGGCAAGGAAGGUCCAGAAGAUACGCAAGGAUUGGGAUUCUUGAGGCUUCAUUCUACCUACAGACACGACCUCAAGAUCUACGCUUCGGAUGAAGGGAGGGUUCAGAUGACGGCAGCUGCUUUUGCUAAAGUAAGAUGUUGUUACAGUAGUCAAUAUAUAUGUAAUAAUGUAUCUUGAGGAUGACUUGAUUGCAUUAUCAUUUACUUAAAACAAUCAUUUUAGGGUUUACUAGCCUUGGAAGGAGAACUCACGCCAAUUCUGAUGCAAAUGGUAAAGUCAGCUAACACUGACGGCCUUCUGAACGAUGACUACAACGCCAGACAGUUCCAGAAUGAACUCAAAGGUUAUCUUCACUCGGUUCUACAAGCUGACAGAGACUUCACUCCCGAAGACUACCAAAGCCUUAACCCCUCAGGGCUACGGUCAAUAAGUAAUGCCAUGGAAUUCAUCAAGAAUCCACGCAAAAUGUGUCAUGAGAUCGCGGGAUAUGUACAGAAAAUGUGUGAAAUCAUCAGAUGGCACAAGAUCAACAAACCUGGUAAGUUCACCAUACCUUCGUCAUAUUUAUGAUGCCAUCAACUUAUCUCAUUAAAUUAACUUUAAAAUCUUGAAGAGCAAAUUUUAAAAAUGUCAAUUUAGAUCGAUGUUUAUACCUAAACGAAAGCUGGGAACUGGCCGAACGUCGAUGGUCGAAAGAACUCCGUGAGUUCAAAAAGAACAACAGAAAUGGCAACGAACACGAGUUCGACAUCUCCAAGAUCCCGGACAUCUACGACAACAUCAAGUACGACCUAGAGCACAACCCUGAUCUGUGUAUCAACAAUGAGAGCGAGUUCGAGAGGUUCUACUUGUGUGUCAAGAACAUGGCCGAUAUUGUAGUACCCCAAGAGUACGGUAUCAGCGAAGAGAGUAAGAUCUGUGUGGGACAACGAGUUUGCACUCCACUGUUGGCCAAGAUCAAGAACGACCUACACAGAUGUGUUCAGAAUCCAGAGGACGGUGCUGAAAGUUUGACACGGCUGGAUCCACGGGCUUCAGAAGGUAUUGCUACACCCAUGCGACACGUUAGAACAAGGUUGUACUUUACUUCGGAGAGUCAUAUCCAUACCUUGAUGAAUCUUAUCAGAUACGGAGGUCUCUGUCCGGUAAGAUUUCAUAAAGUUGAUUAAAAGAAAAAUGUACAUUAUAUAUACAUAAUUCAUGCAUAAUGUGUUUAAUCUAUCUGAAGAUAGCUAGAAGUAGGAUUUAGUGGGAAUAAAAGUAACAAAUUUCAGCCAGACGACAAAAAAUGGCAACGUGCCAUGAACUUCCUCUCGGGUGUUACAGAGUUCAAUUACAUGACACAAGUGGUGCUAAUGGUAUACGAAGACAGCAGAGCGGAAGGGGAGAGCAGUUCUACAGACAGGUUCCACGUAGAACUACUAUUCUCUCCUGGUUUAUAUCCAUGCUUUUUGACCGAAAAGGAAAAGAUUUAUGAAACUAGAUUCAAGUAGGUUACGAUGACUUAACUUUUCUUACAUAAAUGAGUACAAUAUAACGUUUUUUAUACAUAAUUAUUCCUUCAGCAACAAACAGAAGAUCCCUCAGUCGCUGAACAACAAAAACCCAAAGUCGUUUGGAUGUAAAAGUUCAAGCGAUGCGUCUGACAGAGAAGGCACGGACACAGAAUUCAGCAAAGAUUCUUCAAUUCCCAACCUCGUACCAGCCAAAGAAACUCAAAGAAGUUGUUCGUAUGACGUCCCGUCUAGAUCUAACUCUCUCAAAACACCAAGAACAUCACCACGAAGGGCAUCACCAUUAAAAGAAGAACCCAAACUUCUCAACGAGAAGAAGGAGGAAUCAGAAGGCAAAGAAGAAGGCCACGAAUCAGAUGAAGAACUCACAGACAAUGCUGUCAAUCUUGUAGUACUCGGAGAAGUGGCUGGGAAGGAGUUCAGCGAAAUGGGACAACCGGCUACCAAAUUAGUCAGGAAACGACACACCACUUCUGAAAGAUAUGAACCUGCUCAGCAGAAGACCGAGGAGUUGGUGGAAGAAGCGACUCCAGAAAAUUACAUGAGCCUCAUCUACAACAACGCUCAGAAGCUGGAAGAAGCCGGCAAGACGAAUGCAACGGCCGAAGGCGACCUGCCCAAGUUCGUCCGGUUCAACACCACGCCCAAUCAGAUCAUCAAGUCUAUGAGCGAUGUAGCUUGCAACAGAAGGCGUCUGUUGUCUACAGAUGACUCUCUAGAUGAAUCUCGACUACGUGAAGCCGAAGCGUGUGCUGAAGGACUGAUUCUGGAGGCUAAUCAGGCUACAGUAGGAAGUGGACGAGGGAACUGGGCCAAGGACAUCUUGGGAACAAAGGACGAUGAAACACCUAAAGAAUCACCAGCUACAUCGUCAACUAAAACCUCGAAUUCUUCACCCAACGAACCUGAUCGACCACCGUUGUCAGAAGUCUUCUCCAGAAGAGAUAUCAUCGUGAUGAAGAGGUCAGAAUCCAAGGAGCCUGUAGGGUUACAAAUGAACGAUAUUCCGGAAACAAGGAAGGAAGGUGGAGAAGAGGAGACCAAAAGGCAGAGUUGUAAGUAUAAAGAUGACAUUAGUCAUAUUAUAACAUGAAGCGAUCAAGGUUAAGGUAACACUUACUAUUGGUAUAUGUUAUACGAAUCCCUUAUCUAUUGUCGAAAGUAUAAUACCAUAUGUAAACCCUUAGUACGUGUAAAACAUCCCUUUGUCGCUUUAUAAUCCAAACAUUUCAGCACGUCGUUCUCGCUUCCCUUAUCGUUUCAAGCAUCAUACGGUCAAUUUGCUUACAGGUCCGUUCAAAGCUGUCAAACGACGGUAUUAGGAGGUUAUCAGUUCACUAAGCCGGUUUUGUAACAUGACUAUUUCAGGUGGAAGCAGUGUCGAUAACAGACUGAUAAGCACCGAUGUGCUCAUGGGCAAGUUCGCGGACACUAAUAGAAAGCGACACUUGAAUAGUAAGGAUUUCAAAAAAUACAAUUACAAUAAGCCUAACACAAAAUACCGCUAAAAACACCACAAUCUAUUCAAACUAUUAAUUAAGUUAAAAGACAAAGUAAUGACUUGUAGAUCCCGCCGUUCUCUCAACAGCUGUAAUAGCCAGAUCUUCGUCAGCACCUCGGCUACAAACCUACAAAGACGGAGACGAGAUCCCAGUGGCUGAAAUCAGAAGAUUCUGGCCUCCACUACGAUCCCUGGAAACAAUGCACGAUAAUAUUCAGUUCAAACAAUUCGACCAGUUCUUGGAGAAGAUGAUCAUGAACAACACACCGUUACCGUCACCUCCACGAACCCCAGCUUUUAAAGACGAUACUCCUAAUCAAGGUAUGUGCUAUUUAUCAUUUCAGUAUACAUAUAAUAUAUAUAUCAUUAUAUAAUAUGUAUUAUCUUAACCAUGGUUCAUUUACCUGGUUACAGAGCAUUAUUGAUCUUGUUACACUUCUGAAUAAUUAUUUCGACACCUAAAGCUCAAUUUUUUAGCCGCUCUUGAUUCGAAAUUAAAAGACACAAUCAAACGACUUCGCCAAAUCAAACCCGCAGCAUCCACAGAAACACAAUAG